AUGCGCUCAUAUAUGCUGCCGGCAGCACGUGCAAUGCAUCGAUCCCACGCCUUCAGCACCUCCGCUCGACUCUUCUCCGCAGAUCUGCCCGCCAACACGAUAGCCACAUCAUUCCUCGCCAAGUUCCAGUCCUCUGGUCCUCAAUCACGCACACAACUCCUCGACGCAAACCAAUUGCACCUUUUGGCCAGGACCCUCGGCCGUUCAUCACUUGAUUCGGGCUCAUACUCGCAUGACGAGGGAUCGUCUAAUGUCUCUCCACCACCAUCACUCAGCACCCCUGUGCCUCCCGGUUAUCAUCUGGUCUACUUCACACCUGACUUUGUGGAAAAUGAGCUCGGUGCAGACGGAACAGAUACCUCGUAUAAUCCAGACUCACCUUUUACCCGGCGCAUGUGGGCCGGUGGUGAAGUCCUAUGGCCGCGCAGUGCAGACGGUAACCCGAAUCCCUUACGAGUGGGUCAGAAAGUCCGUGAGACGACGCGGGUACUCAGCGCCGAAGCCAAGACGGUUCGAAAAACAGGGGAGGAGAUGAUUGUUGUUGGGGUGGAGAAGGAAUUUUCAAACGAGCAUGGAGUGGCAGUGUUGGAUCGAAGAAACUGGAUCUUUCGAAAAGCUCUCCCCCCACCAUCCUCGCCCGCACCAUCGGUUUCAUCUUCCAUGAGCCCGUCAACCUCGCAUCUAACUCGAGCCUCGGCAUCACCCAUCUCCUCCAACGGCAACUUCCAUUCAAGGACCUUCGUCCAGUCCCCCGUGACACUGUUCCGCUUUUCUGCACUAACCUUCAAUCCACACAAGAUCCACUACUCGCUGCCCUGGGCCCGAGAUGUAGAGGGACACAAGGAUAUCGUUGUCCACGGACCACUGAAUUUGAUCCUGAUGCUAGAUCUGUGGCGGGACGUGCAGAGUCGAAAGGCAGAUGCUGCUGCUGCUGCUGCAGGACAGGGGGGGCCUGUUCCGAAAAGUAUUUCCUAUCGAGCAACUAGCCCAUUAUAUGCUGGCGAUGAGUAUCAGGUUAUCAUGCAGGAUGGAUCGGAUGCUGCUCAGUUGCAGAUUUUGGGACCUGGAGGGGUUGUUGCUAUGAAGGCUGAGAUUAGGGGUUGA